UCCACCACGCAGGUGCUCGGAGGCCCGGCGCGUGCAGCGCGGGAACAGCCCGGGCGGCGACGGGCCCGCGGAGCCGGGGCGGGCCCGAGGGCAGGGGUCGCAGCGCCGGGGCUCCGGGGCGCGAGCGCCGAGGCCUCCCCGCGGCUUAGGUUUCGCUUUCCCAGGCGCGCGCGGUUUCGCUUUCCCGUCCCCGGGCACGCCCGCGCCGGCGUCGGUGCCGCUGUGGUCCCCGCGGGCCCCGCCAGCGCCCUCCCGCCCGGGCCGCGCCGCCCGCACCUGUGACCGCCCGCGCCGCCCCAGCAGCCCGCCGCCCGCCGCCCGCGCCCAGGCUAUGGCCGUGCCCGCGGACAGGGGGGCCCCGCGCCCGCUCUUCGCAGACUGGCUCCUGGGGGAGGUGAGCAGCGGCCGCUACGAGGGCCUGCGGUGGCUGGACGCCGGCCGCACCCGCUUCCGCGUGCCCUGGAAGCACUUCGCGCGCAAGGACCUGGGGGAAGCCGACGCCCUCAUCUUCAAGGCCUGGGCGGUGGCCCGAGGCAGGUGGCCGCCAGGCGGCGGUGGCCGUGACCAGCUGGCCUGCGAGGCCGCGCUCCGCGCCGGCUGGAAAACCAACUUCCGCUGUGCCCUGCGCAGCACCCAGCGCUUCGUGAUGCUCCAAGACAACUCCGGGGACCCCACUGACCCACAUAAAGUGUAUGCACUGAGCCCGAGCCGGGGUGCAGAGGUGAGGAGCCCCACGGGAGGGCCGCGGUUGGGGAGCCAGGUGCUCAGGCCCGACACAGUGCAGCGAGGGUGCUGGGACCUCGCUCUGUACCGGAGCACAUCCCUGGGGCAGGCUCCGGCUUCUGAGACAGACGUGGGAGAGGCAGGUGCCAGGUGGUUGGGGACGGCGGGGAGAGCUGACUGGGCCUGCUGGGGUGGAUUAGUGGUGGGGCCACCCUGCUCUGAGGGCCUACCCAGGGACACACCGUGUCCACUCGAGUCUCACCCCAUUCUCCCUCAGGAGCUGCAGCGAUUAACCACGGGGAGAAGGCGGGUGAAGACGCCCCACCGCGGUGGGCUCCCUAGGCCAUGCCUGGGAGGAGAUGCUGGCCAGAGGCUGGGGCACAGGCUGAGCCCUGAGCCCUGUGCCCCAUGCGCCCCUUUGGGCCAAGCUGGCAAUGCCGAGGACCUCUUGCUCCAGGCCCUACAGCAGAGCUGCCUGGAGGACCAUUUGCUGGAAGCUGCAUGGGGGGUGGAUGCAAUCGCCCCAGGCGCUUCUGGCCCAGAGCUCCCUGACAUGGAGCCAUACCAGCCACAGGCAGCAGAGAUGGCCCCAAGCCCUGAGCCCCAGGUCCUGCACCAGGCCCGGAUGACAGGUGAGAGGAGCCCGUGGGAGUGUGAAGGACGGAGGGCUUGGGGGGCCAGGUGCCAGUCAAGCCCUCCUUUCCUUCCAGAUACAGGCCCAGCCUCGGAGCCGUGGCAGCCCCCCCAAGAGGUGGAGCCUUGCGCCCCAGUGGCGGGGGGGCAGGUCCUGGCCAGGCCCGGCUGCUCACAGCCAGGACUGCAGGCAGAGCUCAGGGCCCUGGAUGUGACCAUCAUGUACAAGGGCCGCACGGUGCUGCAGGAGGUGGUGUGGCAUCCAAGCUUUGUGCUCCUGUACGGGCCCCCCAGCCUGGCCACCAGGGCCACCGAGCCCCACUGCGUGGCCUUCCCAAGCCCGGCCAAGCUCGCGGACCAGAAGCAGCUUCACUACACAGAGAAGCUGCUGCAACACGUGGCCCCUGGCCUGCAGCUGGAGUUACGGGGGCCGGGGCUGUGGGCCCGGCGCCUGGGCAAAUGCAAGGUCUACUGGGAGGUGGGAGGGCCCCUGGGCUCAGCUAGCCCCUCCACAGCCCCCCGCCUGCUGCAGAGGAACCAGGACACCCCCAUCUUCGACUUCAGCAUGUUCUUCCGAGAGAUGGCCGAGUUCCGAGCUCGCCGGCGUCGGGGCUCCCCAUACUACACCAUCUACCUGGGCUUUGGGCAGGACCUGUCGGCUGGAAGGCCCAAGGAGAAGAGCCUGGUCCUGGUGAAGCUGGAGCCACGGCUGUGCCGGGCGCACCUGGAGUACGUGCAGCGAGAAGGGGUGUCCUCCCUGGACAGCAGCAGCCUCGGCCUCUGCCUGUCCAGCUCCAACAGCCUCUACGAGGACCUGGAACACUUCCUCAUGGAGGUAGAGCCGCCUGCCUGAGCGCCGGGCUGCUCUCCCAGCCAAUAAAAAGGACUUGAACCGAUGUGUGGUGUCCUGACCAGGGGCGGGUGCUCAGAGGGCAGCACAGACUGAGGCUCACCCUACUUCCCUGAGGCCUGGGGAGGGACGCCACCACGCUUGCACGCACUCCCACUCAGGCCUCCCGUGCAACCCGCUCUCCUCUAUCUUCACCAUGAAGAAACAGGCCACACGCUUUAGAGCCAACAAACUCUACUCAAAGAAUACAAAAACGCUCUGGGGACAGCAGGUGUUUGCUCCUGGCAGGUGUGCUGGGGGGUGGGCACCACGAGCGGCCGACCCAGCUGUGCGCAGGGCCCCGCCUUCCAAUCCAAGCACUGCGCUGCCUGCUGGGAGGCAGCAGGCACGAGCGUUCUUUACAGCACACGACAG